AUGGCUCUGGGACUGAGAGUGGUGAGAGGACCCGAGUGGAACCUCGGGAACGAGGAUGGUGGUGACGGCCAUCUUGGAACUGUGGUAGAGGACCAUGGCGACAACUCUGUUACGGUAGUGUGGGACAUGGGGUCAAGGACGACUUGUCGAGCGGGAAAGGACAAUAAAUGUGAUCUUCGUGUACUGGACAACGCUCCAACAGGAAUACGUUUCGGCUCCUCAACCUGUUCCGAGUGUAAGGUAGAUGGAAUAUUCGGAAUGAAGUGGAACUGUAAGCAGUGUGAAGGGGUGUGUCUCUGUAGUGUGUGCUACGUUAAGGGUAGACAUGACGAAAAGCACGAGUUUAUCAGAUACUCCAGGCCAGGAUCGACCGGAGUAAAUGUACCGAAGCGUUUCAACUCGAUCAAACAAAGAUCGCUUGGGAUUUUCCCUGGAGCAAUAGUAGUCCGGGGAACCGACUGGAGUUGGGCAGAACAAGAUGGUGGAGCAGGACAUUCCGGAAAAGUGGCUGCAAUGCGGUCGUACGAGGAGGGUAUUGGUGACCGAAACAGUGUUACAGUCACGUGGGAGAAGACACGGAAGACUGGGAAAUAUCGUGUGGGAUUCGAGGGCAAGGUCGACCUGAAAUGUAAAGUCGACGGAGAAGCCCCAGGGUACGAUUACUACAAAGAACACCUUCCACUUCUUGAUGCUGAUAUUUUAUCGGCAUACACAGACGUGAUCUCUGCAGUCCUUAAGGUCAAUGAUCAGGUGUGUGUUGGUAUGUCCAAGGAAGACCUGCGCGCCGCUCAAGACAGACAUGGCGGCUGGACCGUACGCAUGGCUGAGCUACCAGGACGAGUGGGUAAAAUAAUGAAAUUUACCCGGUCUGGAGACGCUUUAGUUGGAAUAGGUACGGACAAGUGGAUUCUUAAUCCGGACGCAUUAGUCAAGGUUAACGAUGUUGACAUUAAUGACAUCGUCAAGGUGUCAGAUGACCAGGAGUUUGUGAAGAUUGUACAAGAGGAUCAUGGUGGCUGGGUGGACGAUAUGGGUCUCGUGCUUGGUAAAGCGGGUAAAGUUGUACGUAUUACCCCGAAGAAAGACGUAGUUGUGGCGUUCGGGAGGAAGACCUGGGUAUUUCAUCCUGCUUGUCUCAUUCCAGCCCCUGACGAGGAGAUAUUUGAAAUAACCCCGGGUAUUUCGGAUACAACUCAGUCUGCUGCAGGAUUGGGUGAUGUCCUUGGAUUGCUGAUGGCACAGAUGCUGCUGGAUUCAGCAGGUGUAAGAGUUGUCGGCCCUGAAGAAUUCUUGCAAGCAGCUGCUAGAGGGGAGAAUGAUCUCAUUGUCAACAUUCUAAACUCUAAGCCGCAACUGGCAAACGCUAUGAUAAAGGGAACAACGGCUCUUGUAUUGGCUAGCCAUGAAGGUCAUGACAUAGUCGUGAGGACGCUUCUACAGAAUAAGGCUAAAACGGAGCAGACCGACGCUGGAGGCAACACACCUUUGCUUGCAGCUGUUGUUGGGAAGAAGAUCAGUACGACAACUAUAUUGCUUGACGCCGGAGCGAAUAUUAACUACGCAAACCAGAAAUUACGUACGGCUCUUCACAUCGCAUCAAAUGCCGGAGAGGACGUAUUAGUGAAACUUCUCAUUGACAGGAAGUGUGACGUCAACCCUCAGGAUAACCUUGGAAACACGCCUCUACAUGACGCCAUCUUCUGUAACCACUGCAAGGUCAUUGACCUAUUGUUGGGCACGUCCUCACUCGACUUCCUUAAACAAAACAAACAUGGAAUGAAUGUUCUACACUGGGCAGCAUAUCAUAAUAAACCCGAUGCCGUCGAUAAAAUCCUUGGUAAGAAAAAGGAAAUGAUUAAUGUCAAAAAGGUGGAUGGUUUCACGGCGCUUCACCUGGCUGCUAUCAACAACCACACACAAGUAGCUUCUCAUCUCCUUAUCAAGGGGUCACCAACCGUAGACAUUCGAACCAAUGAAGAAGAGACACCACUCCAUCUGGCGGCACAAAAGUGUUACUACAAUAUGAUAAAGCUCCUUAUUGAUUACGGAGCAGUCGUAACUCUUCAAAAUACAAAAGGAAACACGCCCCUCCACAUUGUCCUUGGAGGAAGCAUGUCACAGCAAACGUUACUACACUUUCUUAUGACGGGUCCAAGGGUCAGCCAGGUAGAACAGGUCAAGAUCGGAUGUCUGUUGGUAGAGUCUGGAGCCAAAAUCGAUGUUCAGAACACCUCUGGAAAAACUCCUAUUGAUGUAUGUCAGGACCUGAACGUACGUAGGGCCAUAGUGAACUGUGCGGAGCAGACAAAACCGUCUGUAAAAGGAAGAAGCCGUCCAUCAUCUGCCGGUAGAGAAGGCAAAAUAUUCUCACAGAUGAAGAUAAACUGUGUGGAUUGCACAGAAAGACCAACAGAGAUUACCUACGAACCCUGUAAACACAAGCCACACUGUCUUCAGUGUACCUUCUCCUUUGACGAAUGCCCAAUCUGCUACAGGGUCAUCGAAACGAGGAAAGAUAAAGAUGGCAAUGUUAUUAUUGGUGCACCGGAGCCAUGCAAUGUACAAUGAGGUACUUUGUUGAAUGACGCAUUGUUGUUCAAGUGACGGAGUAAUAGACAAACAAAAGGAUUGAGGAGUAUUGGAAGACAGACUUAAAAAUAUACUGAAAGAAUCCUAGUAGAAGCACUAACAAACAAAAUGAAGGACUAUUGCUGGACGGACUAACAAACAGACUGGAGGGUUGUUGAUAUACGGACUAACAAACAGAUUGAAGGGUUGUUGAUAUACGGACUAACAAACAGAUUGGAGGGUUGUUGAUAUACGGGUUAACAAACAGACUGGAGGGUUGUUGAUAUACGGACUAACAAACAGACUGGAGGGUUGUUGAUAGACGGACUAACAAACAGACUGGAGGGUUGUUGAUAUACGGACUAACAAACAGACUGGAGGGUUGUUGAUAUACGGGUUAACAAACAGACUGGAGGGUUGUUGAUAUACGGACUAACAAACAGACUGGAGAGUUGUUGAUAUACGGACUAACAAACAGACUGGAGGGUUGUUGAUAUACGGGUUAACAAACAGACUGGAGGGUUGUUGAUAUACGGACUAACAAACAGACUGGAGGGUUGUUGAUAUACGGACUAACAAACAGAUUGGAGGGUUGUUGAUAUACGGACUAACAAACAGAUUGGAGAGUUGUUGAUAUACGGACUAACAAACAGAUUGGAGAGUUGUUGAUAUACGGGUUAACAAACAGAUUGGAGAGUUGUUGAUAUACGGACUAACAAACAGACUGGAGGGUUGUUGAUAUACGGACUAACAAACAGACUGGAGAGUUGUUGAUAUACGGACUAACAAACAUAUUAGAGAGUUGUUGAUAUACGGACUAACAAACAAAUUGGAGGGUUGUUGAUAUACGGACUAACAAACAGACUGGAGGGUUGUUGAUAUACGGACUAACAAACAGAUUGGAGGGUUGUUGAUAUACGGACUAACAAACAGAUUGAAGGGUUGUUGAUAUACGGACUAACAAACAGAUUGAAGGGUUGCUGAUAUACGGACUAACAAACAGACUGGAGGGUUGUUGAUAUAC